GGGUUCUUCUGAAUUUGGUGGAUCUAAAGUUGGGUUUGCGAUUUCAAUUUUGGAGGAACCCUAGCUUCUUCGUUUCCGUUUCCCCUCCCCCUCCAAAUCUGAUCUGUCCUUGCAAUCGGAUUUGAAUUCAGCUAAUCCUAGUCUUGAAUUGAUCAUGGCGUCGAAGAAGAAGCACUCUGAAGGAAUCGCGUUACUAUCCGUUUACAGUGACGAGGAUGACGAAGAGAUGGAAGACGCCGAGGAGGAAGAGCAGAGAAACCAGGAAGAAGCGGAACGAACUGGAGAGGGUGGUGGUCAGCCAGAAGAAGAAGCUAACUUUAUGGACGAGGAGAAAGAGAGAGGAGGAGAAGAUUCCAGAACGCCUGGUGGACCUUCAAGCGCUCACGCCACCCCUCGUUCACUCGACAACGACGACGAAUCAUUGAGACCUGAUCGGAGUAGCAGUCCAAUGAAUUUUGAGUCUAGGGUUGGGAAUGGUGAGGAUACGUCAGGGGAAAGUACUGAUACGUUAUUGGAUCAGUUCCUUCCUCCGCGCCCUAAGGAGAAGUGCUCCGAGGAGCUGCAAAGGAAAAUAGAUAAGUUUCUGAGCUUGAAGAAGAUGGGGAAGAGUUUCAAUAAUGAAGUGCGGAAUAGAAAAGAAUAUAGGAAUCCUGACUUCUUGUUGCAUGCUGUGAGUUAUCAAGAUAUUGAUCAGACUGGUUCUUGCUUCAGUAAAGACGUCUUUGACCCCAAUGGAUAUGACCCUAGUGACUUCUGUGAUGCAAUAGAACUUGACAUGAAGCAUGAGAGGGAAAGAAAGGAACAGGAAAGCAAGAAAAACCAAAGGCUCGACUUUGUUUCCGUUGGAACUCAACCUGUGGCUGCGGUAUUCGCUCCCCCAAAGCCUAACAUCCCUAUCCCAGGUGUUCCAGCUUUAGCUACUACUGGAUUGCCCUCUGCACCAACUGACAUUGCUGCUCGUGAUGGCAGACCAAACAAGAAAUCCAAAUGGGAUAAGGUUGAUGGAGAUGUGAAGAAUCCACCUCUAGCAGCUGGGAGUAAUGCAGCUCCUGUAUCUGGUGCAAGUGCUGGUUCUGGAUACUCUGCUUUCGCGCAACAACGGAGACGAGACUCGGAAGGAAGAAGAUCCUCAGAGAGGAAACUGGAGAGAAGAAGUUAAGGCAUAGUACGAGAUUCUCAAGAGGUUCUAGCCCAACAUCUUUUCAAUGUUUCAUUGUGAUUACAAACCUAGAAUCAAUGAUAUACAAUGUCUUUAUUCUGUUUUUGUGUACUAACGAGACAUCGAAAUUUUCAGAACAGUAAUGUUUUACGUUCCAAGAAUCAAAAUUUACACA